UAUUUAUUACAUAGUAAAAGUGAAUUUUACAGGCAAUAUGACUAACGAAAAAGGUUUAUAUUAUACUCAUUACAAAGAUGGAAAUGGGAUUCAUAAAUAUUUAGCGGCCACCAUAUUGGAACCUAACAAUGCAAGAAAGUUAUACCCAUGCAUGGAUGAUCAUAAUUUUCGGUCGCCAUUUGAAAUUAAUAUAGCAAGGAAAGUUCAUAUGAAUACUGCAUCUGGCAUGAAUUUAGAAAUGUCGGAGCUAAUGGAAAGAGAUGAGUUUGUGGUUGAUACGUAUAAUACUACAGGAAUGAUUCGAGCAUCCGAGAUAGGCUUCAUUAUCCGCUUAACAGUUUAA